ACCAAUAGCGCUGUUGCACGUUUGUAAGCAAAGAGCAGCAGGACUCACCAUAUUUGUUUCUUGUUGUUUAAGAUAUAAUUCGCUAGUAUCUAUUAUUGUUUGGGUAUUCAAAAAUUAAAACCUCUCUUUUUGUAAAAUAUUGGGUUGUUUGGUGUCAUAACUAUCACAUCUACCUUUUCUAUUCGUCCUUGGUGUACUCACUAUUGACGACCAUUACGUAGAAUUUGUUUGGUGUUCACCAAAAAGUAUUGAAAAUGUUGUGGCAUAUAGUUGUAACGUUCUUGUAUAGCGAGAUGUUCGUUGUUUUGCUGAUGAUUCUUCCAUUCUUCUCAUCACAAACAUGGAGCAAAUUCUUCAAAUUCAGCAUAAUCCAGAAGAUUUCAGAAAAAUCAUCAUUCUAUUUUCGUUUAUUUCUCGUAAUGUUAGUAUGCGUGUUAGCUGAAGCACUUCGUAAUAUAUGGGUACUGAGACAAGCCUAUAAUUCAAUUAAAGAUCAUCCUCAUGAAAUGCGUCCAGAAACAGAAUCUCUUUACUUGAUGCGUAUGUUCCGUGCUCAACGUAAUUUUUAUAUUACUGGGUUUUCGUUAUUCGUGUGGUUUGUACUGCAUCGUCUUGUCAGUUUACUUUCGGAACAUGCCAAAAUGCAAGCUUCCGAAGAGGCGAGUAUUAAACAAGCUCAGAGUGCAACAGCAGCAGCGCAACGUUUGUUAGAUCAAUCAAAAGUUACUGAUAGUGAUACGGAAGAUAUAUAUCCUGAUACUAUGGAAGCAUUAAAAGAUGAAUUGGCGAAAUUAACUAAGAAAUUUGAAUCUGAGGAAAAAGCUCAUCAAAAAACUAAACAAGAUUUGGAAACUUUAAAGAAACAAACUCUUCAAACGAAUACUGAAUACGAUCGUGUCACACAAGAAUGUCAAAAACUACAAUAUCGUCUUCAAAUGUUAGAAGGUGGUGGUUCAACAAACAAGAAAGCUGAUUAGAUCUGUGAUCAUUCAUUGUCAACAAUAUUUUGACACUAAUCAACUAUUGAUCUUGAUCCGGUGUCAAUAAACACAAUCAUUUGCAUCCAUUCUAUAUGUUUACUUUUUAAAUGUUACAUCUUUCAGAUAUACUUCGUUACUUAUUUAAUGUUUAUGGUUUUGAAAUAGAUUGUGUUUGUAACUUUCGAACAUUGUUUUAUGUUCUCUACACAUAAGUUUAUUCCUUUAUAUCGAAUAUAACUGUAGAUGUAAUAAUUCUUCAAUGAAUUUAUUCUGACAUGAAUGAA